AUGGCGCCCACAUACAACAUUGCCAUGGUCAGCGACUUCUUCUUCCCGCAGCCCGGCGGCGUGGAGAGCCACAUCUACCAGCUGUCGACCAAGCUGCGCGACCGCGGUCACAAGGUCAUCAUCAUCACGCACGCCUACAAGGGCCGCACCGGCGUGCGUUACCUGACCAACGGCCUCAAGGUCUACCACGUGCCCUUCUUCGUGCUGUACCGCUCCGCCAGCUUCCCCACCGUCUUCUCCUUCUUCCCCAUCUUCCGCAACAUCGUGCUGCGCGAGCGCAUCGACAUCGUGCACGGCCACGCCAGCCUGAGCAGCCUGUGCCACGAGGCCAUCCUCCACGCCCGCACCAUGGGGCUGCGGACCGUCUACACGGACCACUCGCUCUUCGGUUUUGCCGAUGCCGCGAGCAUCUUCGCCAACAAGCUGCUCAAGUUCAGCCUCAGCGACGUGGACCAUGUCAUCUGCGUGAGCCACACCUGCAAAGAGAACACCGUGCUGAGAGCCUCGCUCGACCCGCUCAUGGUCUCGGUCAUCCCCAACGCCGUGGUAGCGGAGAACUUCCGGCCCCUGGACCACCCGGCCGAGACCUCAGCCCGCUCGUUCGGCGACCACCACCCGCCGCCGGCCCGCCGCCCUCUGGGACCCCACGACAUGAUCACCAUCGUGGUCAUCUCGCGGCUCUUCUACAACAAGGGCACCGACCUCCUCACCGCCGCCAUCCCGCGCAUCCUCGAGAACCACCCGCACACGCGCUUCAUCAUCGCCGGCGACGGCCCCAAGGCCAUCGACCUCGAGCAGAUGAUCGAGCAGAACGUGCUGCAAGACCGCGUCGAGAUGCUGGGCCCCAUCCGCCACGAGGAGGUCCGCGACGUCAUGGUGCGCGGCCACAUCUACCUGCACCCGUCGCUGACCGAGGCCUUCGGCACCGUGAUCGUCGAGGCCGCCAGCUGCGGCCUGUACGUGGUGUGCACGCAGGUCGGCGGCAUCCCCGAGGUGCUGCCCUCGCACAUGACCGUGUUCGCCAAGCCCGAGGAGGACGACCUGGUCGCGGCCACGGGGCGCGCCAUCGCCGCCCUGCGCGCCAACAAGGUCCGCACCGAGCUGUUCCACGAGCAGGUCAAGAGCAUGUACUCGUGGACCAACGUCGCCAUGCGCACCGAGCGCGUCUACAACGGCAUCUGCGGCGCCAUCAGCGAGGCCGAGUUCUACGGCUACGACGCCGUCAACGGCGCCGGGAGCUGGAGCGCCGCCAGGGGGCGCUCCGGCGUGCAGAGCUUCGCCCUGAUCGACCGGCUGAAGCGCUACUACGGCUGCGGCAUCUGGGCCGGCAAGCUGUUCUGCCUCUGCGUCAUUGUGGAUUAUCUGAUUUUCCUGGCCCUGGAGCUGUUGUUUCCGAGGGACAAGAUCGACAUCUGCCCUGACUGGCCGAGGAAAGAGCGCAAGGUGGACGGGAAGGAAGCAGGGUGA